CCUGUAAGGUGGAGGUACUUCCCCAGUUGGGCUCUGCUCUAGAUCUGGAAUGACAACCGCUGUGCUGUGCCCUACCGCACAAAGCGAGAUGACAUUCACAAUGCCCAUACCUCUCUUGUGGACAUAGUUUAAGGAGAGUCGGGUCCAAUAUAUUAUUAUAUUAUUUUUAGGAUUCUUCCUAGCCCAAAACUAAGGUAGUUAUUAAAAAAAAUAUAUACUUCUGUCAAGUCGGUUUAAGGGAAGACUUUUUAAACACAUUUAUGUUUAUUGUUAUUAUUAUUAUCAUUUGUUUAAUCUCUGCCAACUCAUUAUUAUAUAUCAUACUGUUUAAUCCUCAAAAAAUUUACAACAUAUUUUAAAAACUGCUAUUAUGAUUUAUCCUAUUAGAAAACUUUUUUAUCAACUUAAAAUACGCGCAAUUUAUCCAAGCGAAUCCGCGGUACCAACCACUAUGCAGUUACGAUUUCGAAAUCAUUCGGAUCAUAUUUAAAUGCACCCGAUUGGCUCGCUGAUUUAUUCUAGAUCAUUUAAAUAGCGAAUCAGGGGCGCGCUCUUGACACUGGACCGCUGGAGUCCGCGGCGUGCGUUCGAUUUUCAAAUUUGUUUUUUUUUUUAUUUGUGUGGAGUGAAGUGCCAGUGCUUGCCAAUUUUGUGCCAUUGCGAAGUAAGCAGCAGCCAUGAUUCCUAGCUCACUCAUCCCAGUCACCAUCCUCCUUCUAUCACUUCAAAACAUCAUGGCUGAAGAAGGUUACCUCCGCUACGUCAAAGAUGGCUGCUUUCUCCGCGGCGAGGCACUUUCCUGCGUCAAAUACAAAGCUUUAAAAGUAGCUAAGAAAACUUUAUUCGGUGACGAUAAUGGAAAUGAAACCAUCAGAGCCAAUAACAUGAUUAGUUUUGUACCUUUAGAUCAAGAAACUGUUGAUAAGUUAAAUAUAAAGAAAGAAGAAAUGGAAGUUAGUGAACCGAGAGGGUUUUUAUCAGAAUGGGCGGAGCUGACGAAGUAUGCAGUGAAGGUGGUGAAGGAGUUCUUCAGGAUGAAGGGAAUGAAGGUGAACUUGCCGGAAGGGGCGAGGACUAUUGAGGAAGAGGAUGUGGAUGAUGGACGUGGACGCAAGAAGAAGCUGGCAGUCGUCGUCCCCCUCCUCACCCUACUAGCAGCACUGAAGACCAAACUGCUUCUAAUACCAAUUCUCCUAGCAGUACUUUUGAUAAAGAAACUCCUCCUGGUCGCCGCCCUCCUACUCCCAGGUCUCCUGAGCACGCUCAAGGCUUGCAAGCACCACCACCACAUGCCCAGCUACUCCUAUUUCGGCAGCAGUGACUCCUCAGACUUCAACUCUGACUACGGCAGCAGCUAUGCCUACUCCUCAGGAAAUGGUUACGCUAAGGACUGGGCUGCAAACAGGGCAUAUAAUAUGCAGAAACCUAGGCCUACUCCUGCCCCUAUGUACAUUACUGCUCCUGGUGGAGUUGCGUAGAUUUAAAUUAUAGACUUCUAUUAAUAAUGUUCCAGUGGAUUAAGCUAAAACCAAAUUUUUUUUGGAAACAGGCUGUUUGGUCUGUCUGAUGUUGUUAAAUUACAUCAACAAUAAUAGUUUAGCCCGGAAAAUGAAAAAGGAUUAUGUUUACCAAUAAUUCCCCUUAGUACAUACUUUAAUGAUGAUUAAAUUUGAUGAAAUGAUAGAUAAUGUACCCUAUUACAAGCUUUUAUUUACUUUCACUUGACCGUUGUCUGUUUGUAAUCAAAUCUUGCAAGUUAAAUUUGAUCCACUUCCCGGUUUCCGAUUGAGCUGAAAAUUUGCAUACAUAUGUAAGUCGGGUGACAAUGCAAUAUUAUGGUACCAUCGAGCUGAUAUGAUGAUGGAGACAAGAGGUGGACAUAGUAACUCUGUGAUAAAACAACGCAACCUAAUUGUGUUUGGGGUUUUUAGAAUUUGCUCGAUGAGUAUUAGUUGCCCGUGGAAAGAAAAGUACAGUCAGCGAUAAAAAAUUGUGCAAAAAAUGUAAUUUUUGCCAAAAACUAUUUAUUCUACUAAAUUGCAUCGAACAAAAUAUAUUAUUCAUAUACUUAUUUUUAAAAUUGAAAUAUAAUGAAAACAUUUGCUGCCUCAGGCAAGUUUCGUACUUGCGACCUUACCAAUUUGUCGUAACAAGAGGGUUUUUUUCGGUGAAAAGUGUUCAGUUCCCUUGCGAUUAUUUUUGCAGCUUUUAUUUUUGAUAAAUUUUAUUUAAUAUGUUAGAAAUACUUUCGUAUUAAUUGCCGUCUGGUUUGGUUAAAUUUUCAUGUUACUAAGAUAAAUAUUUUUUCACCACACCAGCUUGUAAAGGAUCUGUUUAUUCUCCAAAAACGGAUGAGAAAGUUGCAUUUUAUCCACAGGUGUGUCAAA